CAGCGCAAAACGCCAAAGCCCCGUUUUUCUUUCGCACGGUCCGGUGGUGUCGUUUUGCUGCUCUCGUGUGAUCUUUCUCUCGAAUUUCCCGUGUUUUUCCUGUACGAAUCGGUAGAAAAAUGGCCUCAAUCAGUCUGCUGAACCCGAAAGCCGAAUUCGCCCGCGCAGCUCAGGCGCUGGCCGUCAACAUUGGCGCCGCCAAGGGAAUCCAGGAUGUGAUGAAAACCAAUCUCGGCCCGAAAGGAACCAUGAAAAUGUUGGUGUCCGGAGCCGGCGACAUCAAAAUCACCAAGGAUGGCAAUGUCCUGUUGCACGAGAUGCAGAUCCAGCACCCGACGGCUUCGUUGAUUGCCCGGGCCAGUACCGCCCAGGACGAUAUGACCGGCGAUGGAACCACUUCCACCGUUUUGCUCAUCGGAGAGCUCCUGAAGCAGGCGGAUUUGUACAUUUCCGACGGGCUGCAUCCUCGCAUUCUGGCCGAAGGUUACGACCAGGCUCGCCAGCAAGCGUUGCAAAUUCUGGACCAGAUGGCCCACCCGAUCGAAAUCAACCGGGAGGGUUUGUUGAACAUUGCCCGUACUUCGCUGAGGACGAAGGUUCACCCGCAGUUGGCGGAUUUGCUGACGGACGUCUGCGUCGAGGCCGUCUUGGCCAUCCGGACCGAGGGCAAGCCCGUUGAUCUGCACAUGGUUGAGCUGAUGGAGAUGCAGCACAAGUCCGCCACAGAUACCCAGCUGGUCAAGGGUAUCGUCAUGGAUCACGGUUCACGGCACCCGGAUAUGCCGAAGCGUCUGGAGAAUGCCUACAUUCUUACGUGCAACGUUUCGAUGGAGUACGAGAAGAGCGAAGUCAAUUCCGGAUUCUUCUACAAGACCGCCGAAGAACGGGAGAAGUUUGUGCUGGCCGAGCGCGAGUUCAUUGAGGAGCGCGUCAAGAAGGUCAUCGAACUGAAGCGUAAGGUUUGCGAAGGAAACGACAAGACUUUCGUCGUGAUCAACCAGAAGGGCAUCGAUCCGAUGUCGCUAGACAUGCUGGCCAAGGAGGGAAUCAUGGCCCUGCGUCGGGCUAAGCGCCGUAACAUGGAACGUUUGGCUUUGGCUUGCGGAGGCAUUGCCAUGAAUUCGUUCGAUAACAUGGACGAGUCCUGCUUGGGAUACGCCGGUCUGGUUUACGAACACGUCUUGGGUGAGAACAAGUUCACUUUCGUUGAAGAGUGCAAGAACCCACUGUCUGUCACAAUCCUGAUGAAGGGACCCAACAAGUACACUCUGACCCAGAUCAAGGAUGCCGUCCGUGAUGGACUUCGUUCGAUCAAUAACGCCGUCGAGGACAAGAAGGUGAUCCCGGGAGCGGGAGCCUUCGAAGUUCGUUGCCACAACAAGCUCAAGGACCAUGCCAAGGACGUCAAGGGAAAGACCCGUCUGGCUAUCCAAGCCUACGCCGACGCUCUGCUCGUGAUCCCCAAGGUUCUGGCCACCAACAGCGGUUACGAUGCCCAGGACACAAUCGUCCGCUUGCAGGAGGAAAGCCGCCUCAGUGAGGAACCGAUUGGGCUGGACCUGUCGACCGGAGAACCGAUGAAACCCGUCGAUCUCGGUGUGUUCGAUAACUAUAUCGUGAAGAAGCAAAUCCUCAACUCCUGCACCGUCAUCGCCAGUAACCUGCUGCUUGUGGACGAGAUUAUGCGUGCGGGCAUGAGCAGUCUGAAGGGUUAAUAAAAACGUGAAAGUUUGAUCAAAUCGAUGGUUUGCGCGUAAUGCCAACAUUAAAUUGUUGGGAGUUCUCGGUUUUCGCUCUAUCUGCAUCGCUCUUACUAUUUAGUCCGCUAAGCACGGUCGUGUUCUUAUAAAUCACUCUUCUACAUUAUAAUCGUAAUAAUUUGUACUCAUCUUACUUCACCAUGAAGACGAACCACUUAAUAAAACCAAUGCUUUCACAUAAGUUAACACUUGAAAA